CUGUAUGCCAAUGUUGGGCCGGUUCCGAUGGCACCAGACGGAGCACGACCGGAUGCCCCAACUUCUGCAGAGGGAGCAGCAGCCCGGAGAAGGAGUUGACGAUUUCGUCCACGCGAUGCAGCAGUUAGCGGCACGAAUGAAAAGGCCACUGUCAGAGCGACAGUUGAUUAAGAUAAUUAAAAAGGGCUUGAGGGAGAGCAUCGCAAGGUUUGUCUACGCGAUGGAUGUGCUCACGGUGGAUGAACUCCGGAAAGAGUGCUGCGAGGUGGAACGCAGUACUGGACGACGUGGACGGGCCACGUACACGCAGCCGAUGCGCUAUUCUCCCGCAGAGAAGGCCAAGGUUAGCGAGGCUAUUGGCCCAGAUCCUGGUGAGGAUCCUCCGUUCCGAGUCGGCUGCUGGAAUUGCAGAGCCGUGGAUCACGGGUUCCGUGACUGCGCAGCAACAGAACGCAGACUGUUCUGCUACCGAUGUGGGAAGCCAGACACCGUGUCUCCCAAAUGUCCGGAUUGUGCGGAAAACGGUCGGCUGGGCGAUCCGAGGGCGGAGAGGAUGCGUCCAGACAGGAGUCCCGCAGAGAAGAAAAGUUGGUAG